AUGGAUAGGAGGCUGUUCCAGGCUUGUUGGAUAGGAAAUGUCGAAAACUUUCUGAAAUUGAUUAAAGAUAAUCCUGGUUUGCUCUACACUUCUGCGUUAGAAAAUGGAGAAACUCCUUUACAUAUUGCUUCUAUGGUUGGCCACUUUAAUCUUGUGAAAGAGAUCAUGAAAUUAAGGAAAGAAUUUUCCCAAGAACUCCACGAAGACGGUUUGAGUCCAUUGCAUAUUGCCUCAGCUAAUGGACACGUUGAGAUUGUGAAGGAGCUUUUGAAAGCAGAUCACAAACUCUGCCUAGUUAAAAGAAGAGAAAGAAGAAUUUCCCUUCACUACGCGACAAUCGAAGGCAGGGUCGAUGUGAUAAGAGAAUUGAUUUUAGCUAGUGCAGAUUCUGUAGUAGACGUGACAGCCCGAGGAGAGACAGUUCUUCACUUGGCUAUGAAGAACAACCAAUUUGAAGCCUUCAAAGAUUUGGUGGAACAUCUCAAGAAAUUCAACAAAGAGGAUGUGGUUGACUUGGUGCUUAAGAAAAAUGUUGUCUCUAAGGGGGCAUUAGAGAUCGAUUCCUGGAACAAGGAAGGUCUCACAGCACUUGAAGUUUUACACUUUUCCCAAAGUGAAGCAAGUGAUAGAGAAAUCAAGGAGAUCCUUAGGCAAGCCGGAGUUAAGAAGGCAGAAGAGCUGCACUCUUUAACACAACCUGGAAUGAAUCAAGCUAUUGUUGCAAUUAACCCUUCAAGUGACCAAUCAACAUGGAAUCAUUUGCCUCGAUCUCCUGCUAAACGGUUGCUAGACUAG